CAUAAUUUCGAGUACUCACCUCGAGUAGUGAAUGGGUAAUGUAAUAGCGCAGGGCAGUGAUAAGCGGCGAGCAGGACUCGCCGCUGGUUCAAUCGAUUCACCGUCUUCCGCACCAAAAGACUUUAAAAUUUAUCACGAAAACAUGAUCGAGUAACUUUGAAAGAACGGUUAAGAAAGAAGUUCACUCUCGAAGCACUAACACUCGAUGACGUCAUUCCACCAGCGGCAACAUGGAGCCCGAAGAAACGCGAUAGGACGCGGGCUCGAGUCGGGUCGCGUUCGCUUCGAACUGUCCGUCGAGUUAACCUCAAAAACUGUCUCGCGACAGACAACUAGCAGCGAUCGUUCACUGCUUUUUCCUCUCGAAAACCGUACUAAAGAACACAGUCCGCGACUAUAAUCCCUUUCGUUUCGCACGUGAUUUCCAAGAGAACGCUAACAGAGGGCAGUGGUACGCGCGUGCCCCGCGACUGCGAUUCCUUCACUGCGGGUAACCAGAGAUUCGUAAUCGAACUUGUGUGUCGCGAUGCCUCCUUCGUUUUUCGACUAGGACUAGGGGACGUCUCGUUCGAGCCGAACGGAGCCGACGUCGAGUCGUGGCAAGUCGUGAGGAAUCGUGCUGGCUCGUGUCGCGUCGUGCCGUUUCGUUUCGUCGACAACCCCGCCGUUCUCCUUUUUCCUAACCUCACUUUUCCAGUUUCUCCUUAUUCGUUCUUCUUCGCCCGUCAAAAGCUUUUCGAAUAUCAAAUUUGCGUUCCAAAACGAUACCGAUCAACGUUCGUCGACACGACUCGCGUACGUUUACUGCGACGUCCUUAUCCUUUACGACUUUUGAACCAACUAAACCGAACCCCAGAACUCACCGAUUCGGACGAAUCGACUCUUCUCGACUCGACUCGACUCGACUCGACUCGACUCGACUCGUUCCGUUCGCCCACUUUACUCGCCCUUCCAAUGCGCGGUUACACGCGAAAAGUGAUCGCGCCGCAACGAAAAUAAUCGCUUCCUCGACCGAUCUACACGCUACGACGACGUCAUUCCGUGUCGCGCGACGCGCCACGUUCGGACGCGGCGUUACGUUGCUCCGGAGUUUACAACGCUGCGACGCGACACGUCUUGAAUUCGCUUUCAUCGAAUCGAGAGAAAUGUCACCGACUACUACCUACGUGUCUCGAAUCAAUCAGAUCGACGCUGCUCAAUUGGACGAGGAAAUCUACAAAGUGCUUAGGAAGCAAGUGAAAGAGAUUACCAAGUACCAACCGAUCGAGAAGAUUGAUCGAUGGCAGCCUGAAAUCGACGCUCUUCUCUGCUAUUUCGUAUGGAACUUUUCAUUGCGACGAGGAAACUCGACCUUUGGCCAACAACUGUUGAAUUUACAUUACGGGAACAUCACACGUACAAAGUCCGUUCUCUAUUUAAUUUUAACUAUCGUCCCGGCAUACGUAAGAGAUAAGCUCGCAAACACCGAUGUCAAUGAAAAUUUAAAGACCGCGUUCGAUCGUAUCACGGACGUCGCAAGAUUACUCGAGUUCCUCAACUUGCUGCUCUUUCUACAUAGAGGAAGGCAACCUCGCUUGGUCGAGUAUCUGUUGGGGAUAGCGAACAGUUCGACGACCGUUCAGAAACCCAGAAACAUUGGCUACUCUUAUAUGACGAGGGAACUGCUCUGGCACGGUUUAAUGGAAUUGUUCACCACCGGCUUACCCAUGGUUAAUUUUCAUUAUAUCAAGCACGCGUUCAAGAAGCUUUUAACGCGAUCCGGAAAACGCGCCGCUGUUCGACGCUCUUUCCCCAUCAUGGAUCAAUCGACCAAGUGCGCUCACUGCGGCGACACGCCGAUUUUACCGGUGCACGCUGGCUGCCAACACAUCUUUUGUUACUAUUGUUUAAAAGCGCACUUUGCCGCGAUGAACGAGUUUCACUGUCCCGAGUGUGCCACGCGACUGUACACCGGCGACAUGAAAACGUAUCAAGCAAGUUCCACAACGUCCGGCGAACUGGCAACGAGUUAACCACCCAAAACCAUCCUUCAUCAUUGUAUUUACAUUUCUCUGGUCUGUAUCAGAAACUAGAUGUGUAUCAUUCACAUACGUAUUAAUCUUUUUUUUUUUAUUAAAAAAUUGCAAUACAAAAAUUUUCUUUAUUCACUUUGAUACAAGGUUUUAACUUUUCUUUUAUUUACUCGGCGUUUCCUUCGAAACAAACGAUAAUGGAUCAAUUACGAGAUAUGUUCGUUGUUUAUCGAAAUAACCAAAGAUUACCGUAUAAAAAUAUCAUGCCGCAUCGUUAUAAAACGCUUUCCCUUUCGUGCACCCGACGCGAUACACAUCUUUUGGUUUUUUUUUGUUCUCCUUUGUUUGUUUGUUUGUUUUUUUUGUUUUUUUUUUUUUUUUUUUUUGUUGUUUUAUAUUAUGUACAUACAUUGGUCGAUUAAUUUAUUCGUUAUGUUGUUUCGCUUGCUCGAUGGGCGGGCACGUCCUUCGAUCGUCUAGCAAUAAUAAUUACAACAUCGAUACGAAACAAGUUUAAACAAACAACGUUCAAAACUCGUUUGUAUUCGCUUUUAAUCCUUUGACUCGUUCGCGUUUCUCGCUGUUCUGGAAUGUCUUAUUUCUCAUUUCUCGCCUUUUUCCACUAGCUGAUAGGCACGCUGCGCGAGCGUGUUUCAGCGACUAGAUCGAUAAUCAUCGCUGCUAAAUACUUUGUUUAUCCGAUUCAAAGGCUUUUUUCAAUUGUUUGAGGAAAACGAGCAAACAUCUAAUUGCUCGAAAAAAUGGAUACCCAAGAUCCCGUUAAUAAUACUAACUUUGUUAAUCGCAGUAACAGCCAUUAAUGAAAGCUAUAUCGGAUCACAUAGUUUGUCAUCGUUAUCAUCUUUAGAUACGCGUUGUUCUUUCUACGUCGAAAGAAAGAUCGAGCUCUGAUCGAUCGUGCAAGAGCUCCGAGAGAAAAAUCUUGCGCCCAUCGAUCAAGCUUCAUCCCGCGAAUAACGAAUCAGCGUUGCGAUCGAACGCUUGUACGACGUUCCAUCGCGAAAACGAAAACGAAAACGAAAACGAAAACGAUAACGAAAACGAAAACAACAAUUCUCCGUUACGAAGGCAACAGCAAAAUAGAAAAUAUGUCCGUGGUCCGAUCGUCGCAACGAUCGAACAACGAACAGUGACGAGUUCGAAGUUAGCUAGUUGUAUAUUCGUCUAUCAAAGAAACGAUUAUAUUAUUAUUUAGCCGUGAAACACGAACACGAGGAACAGGGACGAUCGGACACAGUCUUGUAAUAUAUCCCACACACAUUCAGCCGCGCGCACAUACGUAUACUUAUCGUUAGGUACACACAAGUAGAUAACAUAUAGUACCUCUUUUUUCUUUUCUAAUAUUCCGAUCGCUAUCGAGCACGAGUCGAUCGUGCUGUAUCAAACGAGAGAAUAAUUUAUGCUUAAAAAGACUUCACGAAAGACUUAGUCAAGAACUUUUAGCGGUAAAAUUGUUCGUUAGGCAUCCUCGGUAGCUUUGGCCAAGACGGUGUUGCGAUUUUCAUUAGCACACAUACACCGAGCGAUAAGAACAAUUUGCAUUGCUGACUGCGUCAAUCGACGAACCGCUUCAAUCGCGAUUAACGAAUGUUUCGAUACGAUACUUUCUCUAAUCUACAUCGUUGUCGAUUACUGCAAGAGCAAAAUCUCCGCUCGAUUGCCUAACGUUUCCGUUUCAUUCGUGCUCGCGAGAGAAAGAAAAAAAAAAGAAAGAAAAAAAAAUAAGUUUAAAACGUUAAUAAUUUAUAUCGAGCGACUACCUUACCUCUGUAAAACUGCUACUACGUAAACGGAACAAGAAAACACGCGCAUGCAGCUUAUUGAUUCGACAAAAAUAUCUCACUCGAUGCUUCACCGCGCCAUUCUAUCGAGUGCUUAGAUUUAAAAGAAACAAAAAGAAAUUCAGAGAAAACAAAAGAAAACCUAAGAAAAUCACGAUGCACCCAAGAAAUGGAAUCGAUAAUAAUCCGUAGCUCGAAGCGCGUCCAGCGUCCCUCGCGAAUGAAUAAUAAAUACUUUGUUAUUUUGUAAAACUCGAAAACGGAGCUGCAAAGAACCAGUUUCAUCUCGAUUCUCCCCCAUUUCUUUCACUUUGCGUUCCACCGAAUUUCGAGCUUAGUCGAGAUAAAUAUUAUAACUUCGCUAAAGCGAAAGGCCGCUGAACGCGCGGAACAUCGAGUUUUCGAAGCGUCGCGUCGCUUCUGCUAAGCUUUCGUUCUACCAAUCGAACCGUUAUCCGUUCAUUAAUUUAUAUACCGUACGCCUAUCGUUCGCGAUUCACGAACCUCUUCACCGUUACACAAGCACACAGGACACACAACCGAGUCGAACGAUACUACGCGCAAAGCGAUGCAGAGAAUCAUCGAUUCGUCGAGUAUCGCGCGGGACAAAUAGAAAGACCAUUUAGCAACGUAAGAAAAAGUUAACGAAACAAAAUUAACAACGAAUUACUUAAUCUAAGGCACCUUCCGAACAUGUGGAUCGAGGACUGUGAAGAAAAAAAAAAAAAAAA